CCUUCUCUGAACCCACUCAGAAAGGAGAAAUUAUUGCAUGCACCAGGUGCAAGUGAACCAAGGCAAAUCCCGGAGCAUAUGAACGGUGGAGAGCGCGCAACCGAGAAUCGGUGAAACACAAGGGGUAGCGUGGCGUGUUAUCCACCGUUGGAUUUACGAGGUCCAAUUGCACCUGAAAGACAAGCUUUUAAGACAAAACGGUGCAAGCGAGCAAGCAUCUAAAGGAGAGAGAGAAGGAAAGAAAUGGGGAGGGGGAGGGUGGAGCUGAAGAGGAUCGAGAACAAGAUAAACCGGCAGGUGACGUUCUCCAAGCGGAGGAACGGGCUGGUGAAGAAGGCGAACGAGCUGUCGGUGCUCUGCGAUGCGGAGGUCGCCCUCAUCAUCUUCUCCAACCGCGGCAGGAUCACCGAGUUCUGCAGCAGCUCCAGCAUGCUCAAGACAAUCGAGAGGUACCAGAGGUGCAGCUAUAAUGCAACAGAUGCAAUAGUUCCUCCAAAGGAGACACAGAAUAGUUAUCAUGAAUAUUUGAAGAUGAAAGCUAGAUUUGAAUUUCUACACCAUUCUCAAAGAAAUCUUCUUGGUGAGGACCUUGGUCCAUUAAGUGUAAAGGAGCUCGAGCAACUUGAGAAUCAAAUAGAGAUAUCUCUCAAGCACAUCAGAUCAAAAAAGACCCAAUUAAUGCUUGAUCAGCUAUGUGAUCUUGAGCGCAAGGAACAAAUGUUGCAGGAAGCUAACAAAGCCUUGAGAAGAAGGUUGGAAGAAGAUACAAUUAAUUCCCUCCAACUUUCAUGGCAAAAUGGAGCCAAUGUUGUGGGGAAUGCCCCAUGUGAUGGUGAACCUCCUCAAACAGAGGGAUUCUUUCAACCGCUGGGAUGUGAACCUUCUCUGCAAAUUGGAUACCAACCAGUUUGUAUAAAUCAAAUGAACACUGAAGCAACCACCCAGCAUGUUAAUGGGUACAUUCCCGGGUGGAUUUGACAACUUACUGAAACUUCAAAAGCUUUCUACCUCUACGGCUGAAAAUGCUACCUAAUAAAUUUUAUUUCUUUGAUCUUUAUGUUUCCUUCCUGUUUUCAUAUUACUCUGAUCUUCCUUUCCCUGAAAGUCUGAUAUGAAGAUAUGAUAAUAAUGAAGCUUCAGUCUUCGAAUUUGUAAAGCAAACAAAUUAUUUUUGCUAGAUGAAUGUGGAUUGGUAUAAUAGUUUGUAUCAAAAUAAUACUAUAUAAAAGUUAAUAAGAUAUAUCAUGAAUAAAUUUUUAUUGUCUCAAGUG